AUGGCAGACAAGAAAGCCAGCACCGUAACAACACAAACGAACCCACGCGGAAUCCCCGCCGCUCCCUUCAUCGACAAUGUCAGCGACUACGUCGCCUCGCGCGCAGACGUGGAACCCACCCUGCAGCGCUUCCAGGAGAUGAUCUCCAAAUACCAAUUCAUGGAACUCAACACCCAGCGCCGAGCGGCGGGCCUCCGAGAAAAGAUCCCCGACAUCAAGAAGACAUUAGACGUCGUGCGGUUCUUGAAGAUGCAGAAAGAAGUAGUUAAACGAUACCCUCUACGCGCGCGCGCAAAUCUCCCCACCGACACGGAAGAAGUAUACCUCUGGCUCGGGGCGAACGUUAUGCUCGCGUACCCCAUCCCGGAGGCCGAGACGAUGCUCUCGGAGAAGCUCUCUGCCGCAGAGCAGAGUCUAGCGAACUGUGAUGAGGAUCUGGAGUUUCUGAGGGAGCAGAUUACCACCAUCGAAGUCGCUACCGCUCGUGUCUACAACUGGGACGUUGUACAGCGGCGGAAAGAAAAGGCUGAAGGCAAGGGGGAUGACGAUGAAGAAGCGACCGACAAGCGUAAGUCAGGUGGCUAA